UUCGGGGGCGGCGGCGCGGGCGGGCCAUGCCUGGGGACUCCCUGUCGCUGUGGGAACUGAUGGAAGAGCACGUUCCGCUCCCGGAGCGGCCCGAAGUGAAAAGGAUUCUAGGGGAUACGACGGUGGAUCUGAGCAUGGAGCUACGGGCAGAGGUGGUGAUGUUACGAUCAUUGCUCCAAGAGGCUCGAUCUAUCCAAUCCCCUGGAUCGCGCCCCACCUCUGACCUCUCUUCCCUUCUGGCACCACCGCCCCUUGUAAGAGAUCUCAUGCGCCAGGAACUGCGGCAGCUCCUCCAAGGUCUCCGCCGGAAGGCCAUCUGUGAGGGCAGGGACCAGACCCAGGCUUGGGUCCAGUAUAGCCCCAGGGUCCUGCGCUUUGCCUUGGAGGAGCCCAGGCGUGAUUUGCCAGAACAGGAGAUGUUCCAGAUGAGAGCUGGUGAAUCCAGCAGCUGUCACCAGGACCUCAGUGUCAUCAAGGACCAGCUGAACAUGUCCUACAUUGACCAGGUUGCUGGACACCUGCGGCCUGCAGUGCUGCUUCUGGUGCCUCACUGCCCGUGUCCCAGGGCCCUCCUGGAGGAAGAGUGCCGUGCGCUGGAGAGGGAGAUUCCCAUCCUGCAGCGCUGCCUGGAAGACGAAUAUACAGGGACCCCUCGGCCCUCUGAGGCAAGCCUAGAGCCCACCCUGGCAGCCUGGAAGACUGGCUGCUGUGUCUCAGGUAGAACUUCUCCUCCAGAGCUAAAGGAACAGAAGGCAGCCAUGCAACAGGAGCUGCAGGCACCCCUGAGGCCUCCCUGUGUCUCCCCCAGCCACAGGGCACAGCGCUUGGGGUCCUCCAGCCAGGGCCCUGGACCCCUGUCUUGCCUCCACGGGGCUGCUGGAGUUUGGGCCAGGCCUCUCCAGUGCUGCCUGCCUGCUCCUCCUCUGGAGCGCUGCCCCAAACCUCGCAGCCUGGCCUCCACCUGCCGCUGGGGACGGAAGAUUCAGUUCAGCCCUGGGAAAAGGCCAGCUUCUACUCCGAUGUCUAGUGCAGCGACCCAGGCCCCAACCUGAAGGGCUGCUCAGGAAGGAGGCUUCAGCUUCGGUACCCCCCCACCAAAGGCCUGGCAGGAGGAGGAGACCUUGUCCCAGCCCUGACUCGUCCCCCUGGAGGACCCAGACAAAGCACAGCAGCAGC